AUGAGGAAGCCAGGAACCAGGAGAGGGGGAAGGGUCCCCUGGCUCCCCGGGGUCAAGCAGGAAGGGCGCGAGCCCAAGCAGGACGAGGGGGGGUGCGGAGGGGAGGGCCAGCCCUGCAGGCGUGGGCGCGCGGGGACUCUUAUUCUGACACGGGAUCCUCCGCCGCCGCAGCCGCCGCCGCCGCCGCCGCCGCCGGAUUCAACGCCGCCGCGGGGCCGGGACCCCCGACCCUCGCGUGGACCCUCGCCCCACGCCACUGGCCCACGUGCUGCGCUCCCGCCGCUCCCGCCGCCCCCGCCGGUACGGCCUCCCAGCCCGAAAAGCUCAAGAGGCAACGAGAUUGCUUGGCCACUUCCCGGGACCCCGGCCCCCAGACCCACGUGCGCGGGCGGCGGGGAACUUUCCCGCGGCGCGAGCGAAGCGAACCGCAGCGCAGCUCGCCGUAUGCGACCGAGCUCCCACUUUCCCGCGCCCCCGCCCCGCCUGGCCAAGUUUGCUGGGAACUUACCGGGCCGCGCACCGACCGGGCCCGGGGGCAGCGCGCGUGUCCACGGAGCGGGGGGCGGGGGGCGCCGGCCGCGCGUGCUCGCUGCGCCUGAGGGGCCGCCCGGGCCCGCGGCGCUCGCUCCGCCGCUCCGCCCGCCCGCGCCGCCGGCCAGAUAA